AUGAACAGAAUAACAAUCAGUCCACAGGUUCCUAUCAAAAUGCGAAACACGACUCGAUUUAGGUCCAAUCAUGGACACCGCCGGUCAUUACCGGAAGGCUACCGGCGACGUGGCAUUGAACCGCACAAAAAGAAAAGAAAAUUGAAAGUUGAAUCGAAACCUCAGAGACCCGUUCAAAAUCACACACGCAGCUCGCCGAAAGCUACACGAUCCCGACCGACGGCAAGGUUUUGCCACAGAGACAAAAUCAUGGCGCCGGUGGAUGGGAAAGGUGGAGAUGACGACGAAAAACGCUGCGUUUAG